CCUGUUAUAGCACUGAUUUUGUUAUCUACAGUAUGUUGCAAGGAAUAGCAGCAGCUCUGGCCAUUUUGGCGUUGACUUACAUAGUCAUUAAUUACCUGUUCAAGCCAAAGGCCAUGCCACCUGGUCCUUUACCGCUGCCCAUUGUUGGAAACUUGCUCACGCUUAUAUCGUCUGGCAAUGACGUAUUAAAAAGGACGCACGUCAUUCUGUCUAAACUGGCAAAGAAAUAUGGUGACGUGUUUACCCUCGAGUUGCCAGGAUUACAGCGUGUUGUGGUCGUCAGUUCCAUAACACACGCUCGUGAAGCACUACUUGCCAAAAAAAAUGACUUUGCUGGAAGACCUAAAACCUUCGUUUUGGAUUACAUGACGUUGGGCUCCAAAGACAUCGCGAUUGGUAACUUUAAUGCAACUUUAGUUUUGCAGCGAAAGAUAGUUUAUUCUGCUAUUCGCAUGUACCAGCCUUUCCUUGAAGAGAAAAUUAUCUCAGAAGUGAACGAAAUGAUCCAACGCAUUUCCCCAGGAAAAGCAACAAACCCCGAGAUAGAUGUGGUGUUUCUAACGACCAAUGUUAUCUUUCAAAUGGCAGUUGGACAGCGCUUUGAACAGAUUGAUGACGAAUUUCUCGAAAAAUCCAACCUCACCCGAAGAUUUGCUAAUUUAACGAGUCCUUUGAACAUCCUUAACGUCCUGCCAAUCCUGAUACAUUUCCCGAUUGGUCCAUCCACAGAGUUGAAAAAGCUUCGUGAUGAUCUUCAUCAGUAUAUAUUUGACAAGUAUCACGAGCACAAAGACUCCUACCAAGAUGGUGUCAUACGGGACCUUACGGAUGCCCUCAUUAAGACUCGCCGCGACGCUGACCAAGAAGACAGCAGAAACUACCGUCUCAUAAAUGAAGAGCAUAUCGUGAUGACUCUGAUGGAUGUUUUUGUAGCAGGAUUAGAAACUACAGCCACAGCUCUCCUAUGGUUCAUGCUGUACAUGGUGAAACACCCAGAAGUGCAAUCCAAAAUACACGAAGAGCUUGACAGUGUUCUUGGUCCAGACACCUUACCUCUUUGGAAGCACCGACCACAACUUCCCUAUCUGGUAGCAACUAUUGAUGAAACUCUCCGAAAAGCUUCCAUUGCACCUCUUCUUAUCCUACACAAAGCAACAAAAGAUUCGACUCUAGCAGGCUACAACAUACCAAAGGGUACAUMUUUGAUGUUUAAUGCAUGGGCCAUGCAUCAAGAUAAACAAGAGUGGAUGGAUCCAGAUGAUUUCAAUCCAUCGAGGUUCAUCAACGACAAUGGAAAAGUUGACCAAAAUGCCGGUUCGAAAAGCUUUCUUCCCUUUGGCAUGGGGCGUCGUGUGUGCGUCGGCGAAACUCUGGCAAAGCAAGAGUUGUUUGUCAUUACGUCGAGGCUGUUGCACGAGUUUACCUUGCACAAGGCACCUGGUCUAAUACCGCAAAUCACCGAUGAUUUGACGGGUGCCGUUUACUACCCACCAUCUUAUGAAGUUUGCUUUAAAUCUCGACAGUAGCAUUACACCAAAAUCAUCGGAUCCAUACAUUUUGAAGUGGGAGGGGUGCACAUAUUAGCCGAUAACAAAACGAGCAGAGGCCUGGGACUAAUUUUUUUAAAAGUGGCACAAUCUCACAGAAAUGUGUUGUCGAUAGAUAAAGCACAUAUAAGGUAGCUAAAAUUUAAAAUUUGAGCAAGUUUAAGUCAUUAGAAAUGGAAAUAUAAUUUUUAAAAAAAUACUAAAAUUACAAAGAAUGUAUGUUUGACUGGACGCUUUGGUUGGACACCAUACAUUUCUUUGUAGUUUUGGCAUGGUUUGAGUGUCCAUAACUUUAUUGCAAUAAGUUCAAACAUCAUGAAACUUAGUCAGUAAGCUUUUUAUAUAGUCCCCUCUCACAUGAUGGGGUUAUUCUUUCUGGAACCAUUAUUUAAUUAAAUUUUGAAGUUCGGACCCAGUCCAUUUUCCGUUUUGCAUGUUAUCGGCCAAUUGAGCUUCUUCGCACGAGGUCUUUAGAAAUGAAACCCUUUUUCCAUUUGUUAGCUUUGCUUAAGCUAUUUCAUAAAAUUUAAGAAACAAAUACGACUCAAGGAAAACUGCAAGUUAGAUUAAGAUCUUAGUAUUAUAUAUAUUAAUUAUGUUAUCGUAUGAGGAAGUAGCUGAUCCCAUUAAAGAGUGCUCAAUACACAAAAAGUGUAGAGCUAGUUAUAUAUAUAUUAAUUAUGUUAAGUAUAUAAUGAAAUUUAGAUAAGGAAUUUCCCGAAAAGGAGGUUCAAUGUAUUUCCUGU